CAUUUUAUUAUCUUGUAGGUAUAUGCUGCUAUAUACAGUGAAGAUAAUUCAUGGUAUCGUUGUUUAGUUCAAAAUGUAACUUCUACUGGGAUGUGUACAAUCUGUUAUAUCGAUUAUGGUAAUACUGAGGAGGUUAGAUAUCUAAAUUUGGUUGAAUUACCUGAUGCUCUAAAGAAUGUGCCAGCAUUUUGUACCAAAUGUGUUUUUUGCAAUCUGGAAUGUGAUAAAAGUAGCAGUUCUUUUUCCAAAGUUUCUUACCUUGAACAUUUGGUAAACCAACGGAUGUCUUUGUGUGCCUAUGUCUCUCCUUCUAGUCUUGAAUACCAAGUUUACAAGUGUAUAUGUAAUGGAAUUGAUGUUAUUUCGGAAAGUGUGAAGAAAGGCUUUGCUAAAUAUAAAAGCAGUCAAAGAUCUUCAUCAUCAAAAUCUCCAGUACAUAUGACCAAGUCACUAAAAUCAAAAGUUUUCAAAUCAAAGAAUUUCAAAACUUCAACGGAUAGUGUCAGUUCAAAUUCAAACCUAUCUUUGCAGAAUUCUCAUCAAAUUGAGAUUUUAAAGAAUGGUGACAUUAAAAAUCAUAAAAAUGAUAUUUCUUCUGAUAUAAAUGGCAACGAACCAGGUGCAAAAUCUGAUACAUGUUCAUUUACGAAUGCAUCUAAACUAUCAUCACAUAAAUGUUCAGAUUUCAUCUCUAAUGGCACAAAUGGUGAAGUAAAAAGUAAGCCUGAUGUUCAGCCAAAGAUAAUAAUUAAAAGAGGCAGUGAUCUUGGAGAAUUAUCAGCUUCUUCUGCUGCAAAGAAUCAGAGUGUUAGUCCGACACAUAAACAAACCACAGCUGAUUUAACCACGAUUGAUAGUGUUCUCUGCAACUUACAAUUGAUCAAUAAUAUAAGAGAUCUAGUUUCCACAUCCAGUAAUGACAGCAUUAUAAAUGAUGCCAUUAGUCUGCUAAAAAGUGAAAUUGAUAAGUUAUUACCUGUGGAAGAUUCUACCUAUGAUGUUUCAUACAAAGAAUAUUUUGAAGCUCUGAAUAAAAUAAGAAACUGUACUGACAAAGCACUUCUCCCAGAUCUUAAAUUACAGAGGGAUUUACAUAAAAAGAACUUUUGUUCAAAAUUAAAAGAAUAUUUGGAUAGUUUUGAUUCAAGUUUGAUGAAAAGAAAGAUUACGAUUCAGAAAACAAUAAUGGAUCUUGAAAGUAAGUCUAAUGCAUGGAUGAAUAUACAGUUGGAAAAAAAUCCUGAAAAUAUUGAAGAAUUCCUGACUGAAUAUAAUAGAGUGAAGGAACAACGUUGGAACCUAGUUUGUAAUACAAGGGAGAAUACCAAUGAUAGACACAGAGAAUUUCUAUCUAUGUAUGAUUCUUUAAGAAAGGAGUUCUCUUUAAAUACUUUAGAUGAAAAUGCAGAAUUUUCUAAUAAACUAAACAUGUCUAAAAUUGGCAAAGAAUCAUAUUGGUCAACAAAUUUCAGUACAGCUUUGAAAGAACUGGGGAAGGCUCGUGAGAUAGAAAUUAACACAUUCACUAAUAAAGGCAGCAGUGGCUUGUCAGUCAUUCAAUGGAUUUUGAAGGAGCUUGAUGAAUUUAAGGAUAAAGUGGAAACUGAAUGUGCAAUUUAUGAAAAUCGCUGUGCAGUGUACAAUGAUGUAAACAGUGUAUCUAAUGUAGAGCCAACAUUAUCUGAUUUAACUGAUAUUCAAGGAAAAAUUGAAUGCUUGGAAACUCAGUUUAUUUAUCAAAAAUGUCUUGCAAAGGAACAGAAUACUACUAAAGAUACCAAAGAAACUGCUUUAUUGGAAGAGCUGCAUUCUGCUUUCUUGAGAAAAGAUUCUUUGAUAGAGAUAAUAGUUGCAGCUUCAGAAACUCAUUUCCCUGAGUUAAUACAUGAACACCCUGAAUUAGAAUUGAUAAAGUGUCAGCAAUCCAGAUGCCUUUUGAAGUAUGAUUGGAAACCUGAAUAUUUCCCUCUUGGUGAUCCUGUUAAGAGAUUAGAAUUAUCUCAUUUAAGUUAUUUUCUAGAUGAACCUGUUGUGAUAAAGGAAUUUAAAAUUGGAGAUGAAGAAAUGCAGAAAAAUAUUCUUCAUAGAGUAGCUGCUUGGAAUGAAAUUAAAAGUGAUUAUUUAGUCAAGAUAAAAGCUUUAUUGAUUAAGGAUUCAAAAACUAUGUGUGCUUUAAUGCAUAGUCCCUGGAAAACACUUUUAGAUGGCUUUACUCCACUUUCUCCUACUGAGUGUGAAUCUGCAUGUAACUUAUUGCGACAAGUACUGCUGGGAUUAAGAGAUAUACAUUCCCGAAGAUUGGUCCACGGUGCUAUUCAUCCUUUGACAAUUCUUAUUGAAGAUAACAGGAUUUUACUAGAUAUUUGCUUUGAUGCAAGUUCACUAAAAGGUCAGGCAAUUCUGAAAGGUAUUAAUUUUCAAUCACCACAAUGGGAGGAGAUAUGUGAGUCAAAUGACAUGUAUGGAUUUGGUUGUUUAGUUCUGUGGAUGCUUUUCCCAAAUCUCCUAUUUACAACAACUGAUGAAAAUGUGCUUAAUCUGGUUGCUUUUAAAAGCAUAGUUGAACAAAUAUUAUCACCUAAAGAUUUUGCAUCUCUUGCUGCAUUGUUGGAUGCUAAAAAGGAGAAAAGGCCAUCAGCAGCUAGUCUUGUUAGCAAUGGUUUCUUAACAAAAUCUAAGUCUUAUUGUCGGGUAAAGAAUAAUAAUGCAGUGAAGGAGCAAGCAGUCUGAAAUUAAGAUGAAGGCGUUUAUGUUAGUGCCAAAGAACCUGCUUUAUUUUUAUAAAUUUUUAUAAAUAGUUUAAAAAUCAACAUUCCAUGGACUAAGGUGCCAUUCUGAAAUUUUUCAAAAUCUAGGACUGUGUGUAGGAAAUAUGCAUUUCUAAAAUAUGCAUCACCAAAGGAAUAUUUUCAUGAGAUGUGGAGGUACCUAAAGUUAUCAAAUCAAAAGUUUAAUGUAUAUUCAUUCAGUGUUUAUUGAAGCUGAUCUUUUCUGUGAUUUUUUUUUUUUAAUAUAUGCUGUGAUUUUUGUCAUUUUUGUUUUAUAACUUACUACAUUUCAUAAAUGUAUAUUUUCAAUAAAUACAUAAU